CUGCUGACACCUCAACCCUUCCCCACCACCUGCCCGACCGGUCGGCUACUAAGAAGUUGAGGUUCGGGGAUGGGAGUUCUUGUCUUUCUCUCCCACACGGAGAAACACCUAGAUCUUAGGACCGAUCCUCCCUCCCACAAGACUAACAACUAGCUUCGCUGCAGUACAACGCAGGCCAUGCAGCUAGGUGAUAUUCGCCUCUCACAUCGCGAGGGAGAGCUUCGCGCGGGUGUCUUGCAGCUCGGCGACCACACCGAGAAACUAGUGUCAAGCUCGAAUCCGAAUACAAAAUGUCCAAGAGGAGCACGACUUUGGAGCAGCUUGCUUUCAACGCAGGCCAGCGCCCAAUAGUCGACAGCAUCAGCUCUAGCAACAACGACGACGACGAUCAGACGGAAACGCAGAAAUCUUCCAGCAAGAUGACACGGACAUCGAUGGCUAACAUUGUGCUUCUGGCUUGCCUUUCGUGGGUUGUCAGUGCGAUUACGACGCCCAAGCUCGUGGUGUACGAGGAGAAUGGCAAAAAGUACGAGUGCAGAUGUUCUCCGGCCGACAGCUGCUGGCCCAAGGCCGACGCUUGGAGUAAGCUGAACCAGACUGUGGGAGGAAACCUCCUUCAACACAUUCCGCCCGCUGCCGUCUGCUACAACACGUACCGUGGCAUCGCGACUUACGAUGCUGCCAAGUGCGUCGAGGCUACUGCAAAGUGGACAGAUGAGAGGUGGCAAAUCUCUCAACCUGCGUCGCAGUUAUGGACAUGGGGAAGCAACAACACCUGCGAACUAACCACAGAUCCCACAAAGACUUGUGCUCUUGGCAACUACCCAGAGUUCGUCAUCAUCGCCAAGACGAAGGCUCAGGUCAAGGCCGGCGUGGACUUUGCAAAGUCGAACAAUUUACGACUAGUCAUUCGCAACACAGGCCAUGACUUCGAGGGACGAAGCGCAGGUGCUGGAUCCUUGGCCAUCAACACGCACAACUUUAAGGACAUCUCCUUUGUUGAUUCAUACAAGGGCCCUGGAGACUACAAGGGACCUGCCAUUACUAUCGGUGCCGGAGUUCAAGGUUACGAGAUCUCAGCCGCGGCUCAUGCCAGAAAUCCACCUCAGAAUGUGGUCACUGGCGAAUGCGAGACUGUGGGAGUUGCAGGCGGCUUCAUGGGAGGUGGUGGUCACGGGCCUUUGAGCGGUAACUACGGCUUCGGCGCCGAUCAGGCACUCUCAUUUGAGGCUCUCACCGCAGCCGGGGACUUUGUCACUGCCAAUGCCAACUCCAACUCGGAUCUAUACUAUGCUCUUAGGGGAGGCGGACCGGGUAACUACGCCGUUGUCUUAUCUGUCACUCUCAAGACAUACCCCGACACUAUUCCUGGAGCAGCACUCUUCUUAAAUGUCAACGCCACCACCGGCGCAAACUUCGAUCAAGUUACGAAGGCAGUCAACAAGCUAAACGCUCUAGGAAACCAAAUGGUCGACAACGGACUGUACGGUAUCUACGAGCUAUACCCGCCAGCUAUAGGAGGCGCAUUACACGUGCAGCCAAUCAUGGGAAUGAAUAAAACCGCAAAGCAACUCACAGCCGUCGUUCAGCCGCUCCUCACUUACCUAGACACUGAGAAGAUCCCAUACGACUUUGGUGUCAAAGAGUACCCCAACUACUACACCCUCUUCCACGACAUUUUCGAGCCCGAGCGCGCAGCUCAGAAUGGUUUGACGGGCGGCUGGGUCUUCACCCACGACGACAUGGCGAGCAACCAGCCGGCCAUCGCCGAGGCAAUCCAGCUUGGGUUGGCACCAGCUCCUAACCAGUUCGGUAUCAUUAUCAGCCACUUCUUCGAUCCAGGAAGCAACGCUCAGAAGUCUGGUAGUGCAACGCAUCCUAAGUGGAGAGGUGCCACCAUGCGCACUAUGGCUAUCCUGCCGCAGGCCCUAGACGCGACGUGGGCGACGAAGUUGGCGUUGAAUGAUCUCAUGGUCAACACCAUCACCGAGAAGUUUAAGCAGGCUGGUCCCAACGGGCUUGCAUACGUGAAUGAAAACUAUGCCUUCAUGAAGAACUGGCAAGAUGCCUUCUGGGGUCCCAUCUACCCCAAGUUAGCGUCGAUCAAGAAGAAGUGGGAUCCGAACGGCGUCUUUUUCUCAUGGUCUACUCCGGGAAGCGAGGAGUGGAGUGUUUUGGACUAUGCGAACCGACUUUGCAAAGCGAAAUGAUUGAAGCGUUUAAAGAUGCGACUUGGCCUUAAAGAUACCAUUUACCUAUGAUGAUAUUGGAUGAGUAUACUAGAUUCUUAGAUCUCAUGAUAAUACAUGUAAUGAACGGGA